GGGAUGAGUGGGGUCACUGAUAACGACAUCUCUCGUGCCGGUGACGCACUUUCUUUCUUCAUUUACAACAAUCUUAUACUAUUACAUUCAUUCUUCUACAAUAGUAACCUCUUAUUACUACAAAACGACAUCCAAAUCAAUCGAUAAAAAAUAACUAAUCCAAAUCAAACAUUCAUAUUUUAUUUGCAAAAAAAGCUUUUAACUGAUUAAAAGAAAAAGCAGCAAGAUAAUCGAUUUUGUGUGCCACUCUGGGAAAUGUUGAAUGUCUUUAGGGUUUAUCAGUGCUUCCUCGCCUUCGUCCUCGUAAUCUCCAUCUUCAUAUCCGUUUUUCAAGGUCGUUCGUGAUUUGCUUGCAGUUCAGACUUAGGUUUGUGCUAUAGUAAUAAGAGAAAUAAAGAUGGCAGCUGAGCUAGUCAAUGCUGCAACAAGUGAGAAACUGGCAGAAAUUGAUUGGACGAAAAAUAUUGAAAUCUCUGAAUUAGUUGCCCGCGAUCAAAGGAAAGCUAAAGAUGUUGUUAAAGCUAUAAAAAAGAGAUUGGGUAACAAGAACCCCAACACUCAACUUUAUGCUGUCAUGUUGCUGGAAAUGUUGAUGAACAACAUAGGAAAUCACAUUCAUGAGAAGGUGGUUGAUGCCGAAAUUAUUCCUAUUCUAGUGAAAAUUGUAAAGAAAAAGUCAGAUUUGCCUGUCAGGGAGCGAAUAUUUCUUCUACUAGAUGCAACUCAAACAUCCCUUGGCGGUGCUACUGGAAAGUUUCCGCAGUAUUAUAAAGCAUAUUAUGAUUUGGUGAGUGCCGGGGUGCAAUUUCCGCAAAGAGCUCAACUUGUUCAAUCAAAUCGUCCUAGUUCAGAACCAAAUAGGACUAAUAAUGUACCCAAAAAGGAGCAGGUCCCACUUAGACAUGGAGGGGUUCCUCAAAAAGCAGAACGCAACACUGUUCCUGAAUCUAGCAUUAUCCAAAAGGCUAGUAAUGCAUUGGAAGUUCUAAAAGAAGUCCUUGAUGCCAUUGAUGCCAAGCAGCCUCAGGGAGCAAGAGAUGAAUUCACCCUUGACCUUGUUGAGCAAUGUUCAUUUCAAAAGCAGAGGGUAAUGCAUCUUGUGAUGACUUCUCGAGACGAGAGGAUAGUUUCCCGAGCAAUAGAAGUGAAUGAACAGCUUCAAAAAGUUCUAGAUAAACAUGAUGACCUUCUUUCUAGCAAGGUUACAACAACCGUGAAUCACUUCGACUGUGAUGAAGAGGAGGAAGAAGAACCCGAACAAUUAUUCAGAAGAUUACGCAAAGGAAAAGCUUGUGUAAGGCCUGAAGAUGAAGAAACUGAACCUCAGAGGUUCCCUCGAUUGAGUUUGCUUGAAGAGAGACUCAACCGUCCACUAAUACGAUCACUAGAACCAACUCAGGAAGCUCAUGCUUGUCCUGUACCUGUUGUGGUUCCACCUCCAAGUGCAAAGCUUCCUCCUGUUACAAUUCCACCGCCACCUUCAAAGCACUCAGAGAGAGAAAGAUAUUUUCAGCAUAAUAAGGACAAUGGCACUUUGGCUGGCCACAUCAGAGACCUCUCUUUACACAGUCGCAAUGGCAGCAGCUCGCAGAGUGGAAGCUUUGAUUUUAGUGAUUGAUUUCGUAAUAGAAGAAUCUCCCUUUCAACCUUAUUUUAUUCUAGGUUCUCUUCAAAAUUUGGUAUUUGAAAUUGAAAGCUCUCUAAGAUAAUUGAUCAUGACUUAAAGUUUU